CUUGCGCCUGCGCGGCGCGGCGCUGCGGAGACCGUUGGUUCAUUUGCAUGUCCCCGCCUCGCGCGGCGGCGGCGGCGGGUGAGGAGCCUGAGGCGGCGGCGGGGGCGGCUCCGCGCGCGGUGGUCUCGGGGGCAAAGUAACAUGGCAGCCAGACGAAUUACACAGGAGACUUUUGAUGCUGUAUUACAAGAAAAAGCCAAGCGAUAUCACAUGGAUGCCAGCAGUGAGGCUGUAAGCGAAACUCUUCAGUUUAAAGCUCAAGAUCUCUUAAGGGCAGUCCCAAGAUCCAGAGCAGAGAUGUAUGAUGAUGUCCACAGCGAUAGCAGAUACUCCCUCAGUGGAUCUGUAGCUCACUCGCGAGACGCCGGAAGAGAAGGCCUGAGAAGUGAUGUAUUUCCAGGGCCUUCCUUCAGAUCAAGCAACCCUUCCAUCAGUGAUGACAGCUACUUUCGCAAAGAAUGUGGCCGGGAUCUGGAAUUUUCUCACUCUGAUUCUCGGGACCAGGUCAUUGGCCACCGGAAAUUGGGACAUUUCCGUUCUCAGGACUGGAAAUUUGCACUCCGUGGUUCUUGGGAGCAAGACUUUGGCCAUCCAGUUUCUCAAGAGUCCUCCUCUUGGUCACAGGAGUAUAGUUUUGGUCCCUCUGCAGUUUUGGGAGACUUUGGAUCUUCCAGGCUGAUUGAGAAAGAGUGUUUGGAGAAGGAGAGUCGGGAUUAUGACGUGGACCAUCCUGGGGAGGCUGACUCUGUGCUCAGGGGCAGCAGUCAAGUCCAGGCCAGAGGCCGAGCUUUAAACAUCGUUGACCAGGAAGGUUCCCUCCUAGGAAAGGGGGAGACUCAGGGCCUGCUCACAGCUAAGGGGGGUGUUGGGAAACUUGUCACAUUGAGAAAUGUGAGCACAAAAAAAAUACCCACCAUGAAUCGUAUUACUCCCAAAACUCAGGGCACUAACCAAAUCCAGAAAACCACUCCAAGUCCUGAUGUGACCCUGGGGACAAACCCAGGGACAGAAGAUAUCCAGUUCCCCAUUCAGAAGAUCCCUCUGGGGCUGGAUCUGAAGAAUCUUCGGCUCCCCAGAAGAAAGAUGAGCUUUGACAUCGUAGAUAAGUCUGAUGUUUUUUCAAGAUUUGGGAUAGAAAUAAUCAAAUGGGCAGGAUUCCACACCAUAAAAGAUGAUAUUAAAUUUUCCCAGCUUUUCCAGACUCUCUUUGAACUUGAAACAGAAACCUGUGCUAAAAUGCUUGCCUCAUUCAAAUGUUCCUUAAAACCAGAGCACAGAGAUUUUUGCUUUUUUACUAUCAAAUUUUUAAAGCACUCUGCUUUGAAAACACCCAGAGUUGAUAAUGAGUUUUUAAACAUGCUUUUAGACAAAGGUGCUGUGAAGACCAAAAAUUGCUUUUUUGAAAUCAUAAAGCCCUUUGACAAGUACAUAAUGAGACUUCAAGACCGGCUUCUGAAGAGUGUCACACCUCUGCUUAUGGCCUGCAAUGCCUAUGAGCUGAGUGUCAAGAUGAAGACCCUCAGUAACCCCCUGGACUUGGCUCUUGCCCUAGAAACCACCAAUUCUCUCUGCCGGAAGUCUUUGGCCCUUUUGGGACAGACAUUCUCCUUGGCCUCUUCUUUCCGGCAAGAGAAAAUCUUAGAAGCUGUCGGCCUGCAAGAUAUAGCUCCAUCACCUGCUGCAUUUCCAAACUUCGAAGACUCCACUUUGUUUGGGAGAGAGUACAUAGACCACCUGAAGGCCUGGCUAGUCAGCAGCGGAUGUCCCCUCCAGGUUAAGAAAGCCGAACCAGAGCCAACGCGAGAGGAGGAGAAAAUGAUUCCUCCUACCAAACCCGAAAUUCAGGCCAAGGCUCCAAGUAGUCUGAGUGAUGCUGUCCCCCAGCGAGCAGAUCACAAAGUAGUGGGCACCAUUGACCAGCUUGUGAAACGUGUCAUCGAAGGCAGCCUGUCUCCCAAAGAGAGAACUCUUCUCAAAGAGGACCCUGCUUACUGGUUUUUGUCUGAUGAAAAUAGUCUGGAGUAUAAAUAUUACAAGCUGAAGUUGGCAGAAAUGCAGCGGAUGAGCCAGAACUUGGGAGGAGCCGACCAGAAGCCGACCUCGGCAGAAUGUGCGGUGCGGGCCAUGCUGUACGCCCGGGCUGUCCGUAACCUCAAGAAGAAACUGCUUCCGUGGCAGCGGCGGGGGCUCCUCCGUGCUCAAGGGCUCCGGGGCUGGAAGGCAAGGAGAGCGACCACUGGGACCCAGACCCUCCUAUCCUCAGGCACCAGGCUGAAACACCACGGCCGGCAGACUCCAGGCCUCUCACAGGCAAAACCAUCCCUGCCAGACAGAAAUGAUGCUGCCAACAAGGACUGCCCGCCAGACCCAGUUGGACCCUCUCCUCAGGACCCCAGCUCAGAAGCCUCAGGUCCAUCCCCCAAGCCAGCAGGAGUGGACAUCUCCGAAGCACCUCAGACCUCUUCUCCCUGCCCAUCUGCUGACAUUGACAUGAAGACAAUGGAGACUGCAGAGAAACUGGCUAGAUUUGUUGCUCAGGUGGGACCAGAGAUCGAACAAUUCAGCAUAGAAAACAGCACCGAUAACCCUGACCUGUGGUUUCUACAUGACCAAAAUAGUUCUGCUUUCAAAUUCUAUCGAAAGAAAGUGUUUGAACUAUGUCCAUCAAUUUGUUUCACAUCAUCUCCGCACAACCUUCACACUGGUGGUGGUGACACUGCGGGUUCUCAGGAGAGCCCCGUGGACCUCAUGGAAGGGGAAGGAGAGUUUGAAGAUGAGCCCCCUCCGCGGGAGGCUGAGCUGGAGAGCCCAGAGGUGAUGCCUGAGGAGGAGGAGGAGGACGAUGAGGAUGGCGGAGAGGAGGCCCCUGCUCCCGGAGGGGUGGGCAAGUCUGAGGGCAGCACCCCUGCCGAUGGCCUUCCCAGUGAGGCUGCCGAGGACGACCUGGCUGGAACACCUGCCCUGUCACAGGCCACCUCAGGUACCUGCUUCCCCCGGAAGAGGAUCAGCAGCAAGUCGUUGAAGGUUGGCAUGAUUCCAGCUCCCAAGAGAGUGUGUCUCAUCCAGGAGCCAAAAGUCCAUGAACCAGUUCGAAUUGCCUAUGACAGGCCUCGGGGUCGUCCCAUGUCCAAAAAGAAGAAACCCAAGGACUUGGACUUCGCCCAGCAGAAGCUGACCGAUAAGAACCUGGGCUUCCAGAUGCUGCAGAAGAUGGGCUGGAAGGAGGGCCAUGGCCUGGGCUCCCUCGGAAAGGGCAUCCGGGAGCCUGUCAGCGUGGGAACCCCCUCGGAAGGGGAAGGGUUGGGUGCUGACGGGCAGGAGCACAAAGAAGACACAUUUGAUGUGUUCCGGCAGAGGAUGAUGCAGAUGUACAGACACAAGCGGGCCAACAAAUAGAUCAAAACCACUGAUGAGAAAGAUAAGCCUUGAAGCAGCAAUUGCCCUUAAAACAUCAUCCCUGCCCUGGAUCGGCCUGGAGCCAGUGCCCAAGUACGGUUUGGUGUGUACAUGAAAACAAACGUCUCUGCAGUCUCUGGGGCGGAGGUUUCGCUGGCAUUUCUUUCUCUCAAAGAAAAAACAUGCACCAUUUUCAAUGUGCUUUUGCCUCUCCUCUCUGUUCACAUGCUUUUAGCAGCAAGUCCCCUCCAAAUCUGUCUUGGUUCCCCUUCAGAAGGUGGCGCUGCCCCCGAAAGGCACCUCAGCCUGUGAGUGCUGAGGAACCAGCUCCUCUGGCUGGUUUUCCAGUCGGACUGGCCAUUGCUCUCCAGAAGUGCUCUGUUAGCAAACGUGAUGUGGAAACGAUCACAGAUGGUGUUUUCUCGUUGUUCUCCAGAAUUUAUACGGGGGAGACAAAUCGGUAAUUACCAAGUCUGCGCUCGGGUACCAAAGCUCUGAAGCUCUCUGAACAGUUGCCAUACUUGAGUUGAUGAAUGUGUUAUUCAUGAUGUCUCAUCUCUUCAUUGCAUCUUGAGAGACUUAAUAAAAUUUUAGCAACAGUACAGAAUAGCUCUAUCAGGUGGGGAGUAAUCAUUAAACAGAUUAAAUCGGCCCCAGAUUUACAUGUCUCUUUAGAAUCCACAGUGUAAGCAAACUACAGUUACAAAAGGAUGGGGGUUGUAAACUCUCUGAGACUCUGCACUUUUCGCACGUGUAGCAUCGUCAAGUGCUGUCUUAUUACAGGCUUUGUAAGGAGAGGCAGGCUCCCCCUGGGGUGGGCUCUGCAGCUGCUCUAUUUCCAGGCGUGUGAUCGCUGCCACUCUACAGAUUCCCCAGCAGUCUGCUGUGUGUAACUCCACUCAGUUCUCCACUCAUUCUUCCUCGUGAAGCAGGAGCAUUAAAGUUUUAAGUAUGGGCAAAAAUCUGGAAAACUUAGGAUCCUCCUCACACCCUGGGAUUAGGGGACACAGCAGUGGCUAGGGCAUCAGCCCCAGAACUGAGUGGGAAAUGCCACUUGUAUUGGCUGUAAAGAAAUCCUGGCUUUGGGCUGGGCAUAGUGGCUCAAGCCUGUAAUCCCAGCACUUUGGGAGGCUGAGGCGGGUGGAUCACCUGAGGUCAGGAGUUUGAGACCAGCCUGGCCAACAUGGUAAAACCCCAUCUAUACUAAAAAUACAAAAAAAAAAAUUAGCCAGGCGUGGUAGCAGGCACUUGUAAUCCCAGCUACUCAGGAGGCUGAGGCAAGAUAAUCACUUGAACCUGGGAGGCGGGGGUUGCUGUGAGCUGAGAUCAUGCCACUGCACUCCAGUCUGGGCAACAGAGCAAGACUCCAUCUCAAAAAAAAAAAAAAAAAUGCUGGGCGCGGUGGCUCACGCCUGUAAUUUCAGCACUUUGGGAGGCCUAGGCAGGUGGAUCACGAGGUCAAGAGAUCAAGACCAUCCUGGCCAACAUGGUGAAACCCCAUCUCUACUGAAAAUGCAAAAAAUUAGCUGGGUGUGGUGGCAGGUGCCUGUAGUCCCAACUACUCAGGAGGCUGAGGCAAGAGAAUCACUUGAACCGGGGAGGCAGAGGUUGCAGUGAGCCGAGAUUAUGCCACUUCACUCCAGCCUGGCAGCAGAGCGAGACUCUGUCUCAAAAAAAAAAAAAAAGAAAAGAUAUCCUGGCUUUCUUUAAGCCACAGACUUCCUAGGCUGUGGUCCGAGCUCCUUGUCUGCCUGGUCCCUGUCACCUUGCAGUGCCACCACCCCCAGGGGCUCUGCUUGCUUCCAGUGGCUUCUGUAGCUUUGGCAACUGGCAGAUCUUUAUGGCAGUAGAGGUGCCAGCAUGGAGGAUGGGGCUUGGGUUUAUUACGCAACCCUCGAACAAACCAGCCUGUGGGGGCCUGGAGUAGAGCUGGUUUUGGGGAACCACAGGUGCGGGGGGUUCAUCUUCUCCUUUCUCCUUCUCCUUUCCUGACUCCUCCGACAGCUUCCAUGUUGGCCGUGGGUCAGGUGAAUGGAUGGAGCUCCGAGCGGGGCUCGGCCCGCUGGCCCGAGCGAGGCACACACACCUACAGCGUGGAUCAAGCUCGCUCUCUCCAGCAUCGCCCUGACCAUUCCAUAUGCUUUGUCCUAGCAUGUUAAUUCUUGACUUUCUCCACUUCAUUUUACUAAAAAGUUAAAUGCUUUAGGAAUUUGUGGUGUGUGGCCACUGACCACCCCCCACCUCCUGCCGCUCCUCCAAGUUUGAGCUGAGAUGGUUCUGUGAGUCCUUGGCAGGGGUCAGAGGGCACACCUCCUUGAACCUAGAAAGUCCCUACACUCUCAGAGGACGCCUCUCCUGUGGAUUCAGCGCUGGGGCAGUGAAGGUGUCGGGAGCCAGCAGAGCAUGGUGCGUGCUGCCAGCUGCCGGCCGGCCGGGAUAGAGGAGAUGCCACUGGCCCUCCGUGCCCCCAGCCCCUCCCUCUUAAUCGAGGCUGCCCUUGCUCUCUGCAGAGGCCACUCUGCAGGAUCCUCAUGUCGCGCGUGACGUGUGGUGGCACAGCCGUGUCAAAGUCACAGUGUCUUUUCUGUCGUUCUAGUUCCAGGGUCACCCCCGAGAGGACAACAGGCAUCUGGAAGUGCUCUCUCGCCCCUCUGGGUGCUUACUGUCUCUGGCUUGUUUCCAUCACUGGAAAUCACUUAGAGAAUUGUAGUGUUUUUGGUCCUUGAUAAAGCCUAGAAGACAUUUGUGAUGUUAUAAAAUGGAAGUUUUGUUUUGUUUCUGUUUUUUAAGAUCUAAGAAGUUGUGAAUGUUGUUAAUCAUUUAGCCGUUGCAAUAAAUGUAGAGGAAAUGCAGUGUG